AUGUCGUUCAAGACUCUAGUGGUGCUUCUAGCACUUGUGACCGUGUUGGGGAGUGCCCAAGCGACAGGCACCUACGGCGGCAACACCCCCACCGUCACCCCCGGCACCUACGGCGACCACGGCGCGAGCUCUGGUUACGGCUAUGGCUACGGCGGACACCAGCCGUCGGGGAAAGGCCCGACUCUCGUGAUCGACAUGGAACCCCCAGAAUUUGUGCUGCCCACCUCCCUCGUCGCCUCCAACUCCAACGCGACCACAGUGGCGCUCAUAAGCGACGCCAACGCGACGGCGACGCCCACCGGCAGCAACGGCGGCGCGAGCGCCCGCGUGGCGGCCAGCGCGCUGGCAGGCGCGACGCUGCUGGCCGCGCUGCUCGCCUAG